AUUGAAACGCUGCGCUACGAUGCUCAAUCAUUUCAAGUUUACAAGAAUCGAAUCGUCUUGACAACUUUAGAAUGCGACCCUGCCUCGAGUAAUUGCUGAGCACGGCAUUUGUGCACUUUAUAGGUCGCUACCCUGAUAAUUCACUGUUGGUGACAGAUAUCUCCUACAACUUCUGCCAGAUAAAGUUCGAUGACUGAGUCAUCAUCAUGACGUCGCAUGGAAUAUGAACCUCCGAAGAUAAGAAGACACACAAAGGGUGAGGACGAUAAUCGACGGCUGCUCUCUGUGGACAUACCGAUAGAAGACUCGCAAACGAAGCUCCUCACUGGGAAGUGGCGUCGCUAUGCUGGAAAACGAGAAACAGUUCUUCAUCGAGAACAAGCCUUCCUUGGAGUACGAGAAGAACAAGCGACGAAUCGACGAUUUCUGCCGCGAAUAUUUGCCUACCGGUCUACGCAUCGCAUUGGUUACGUCAGGCGGAACCUCAGUACCGUUGGAGCACAAUACAGUGCGGUUUGUUGAUAACUUCAGUGCGGGCACACGAGGUUCAGCAUCAACGGAAUAUUUCCUCAAACAAGGCUAUGCCGUGAUAUUUCUUCAUCGUUCGAGCAGUUUAAAGCCUUUCCUGAGGCAUUUCAAGGACGGGCUUCUUGAGUACCUUGAAAUAACAGAAGGAGAUGUUCCGCAAAUCAAAGUGCAACAGAAGGAUCUGCCAGCUGUACUCCCUGUGGUUCGUGCAUACCAAACCACCAUGAGGGAAGGUAGGCUUCUCCUGGUGCCUUUCACCACUCUCGUGGACUACCUGUUCCUACUGAAAGCAGCCGCUGCUGCACUGGCCCCCUUCAAGCAGAGGGCACUCCUGUACUUGGCAGCAGCUGUGUCUGACUUCUACAUACCUGCAGAAAAAAUGGCACAGCACAAGAUUCAUUCUGACGAAGGGCCCCUCCAGCUUCAUCUGCAGCUCGUGCCCAAGAUAUUGAAGCCUCUCGUCUGGCUGUGGACUCCAGAUGCCUUCGUCAUCUCAUUCAAGCUGGAAACUGACCACAGUAUCCUCAUUGAAAAGGCAAGGAAAGCCCUGAGGACCUACAAGCAUAAGCUGGUGAUAGCCAAUGAACUUCAGUCAAGGAAGUACAAAGUCUUCAUGGUGGCUCCUUCAAAGAAUGAGGAAGAGAUUAGCCUGACCCAAGAGGAGAUGUUAUCAGGGAAAGAAAUUGAAGAAAUUAUCAUCAGUGAUGUCACAAGGAGGCACACACAACACAUGGCAAAUAGUUGACUCAUCUAUAUUACUAAUUCUGUUGCCCUGAGUGAGAAAGUCCAGCUUAGAUAUUUCUGGAGAGGAUAUUUUCAGUAGGGCAUCCUUCACUGAUGCAAUUUGUUGAUACAACAUAGACCAUUCAUUUCAGUCCUGCAUAUAGUAGAAUAUAAAAUGAAAUAUUAUGCAUUUGUUCGCGAAAGAGCCUCAAUUUGAGUAUUUGAGCACUUUUAAACUGUAUAUGAGAGGUACUUCACCACACUUCGAUGGAUUCUGUUUAAUGUUCUUUUUUUUUAAGUUUUGCCUUCCUGAACUAAUCUGAAGUGUAUAAACAAUGUAAAUUAUCCAAUUUAAAAGCAUCACAGUCUACCUUACCAGACAACCCAUGACAAUGCCUUCCUGGUUCUAAACAGCAUGCAGUACAACCUGAUGAAUGUUCUGCCUAGUCGACCUACAUAUUUAGAUGAAGCUGACUUAUGUAGCCAACCAAUUGGCAAACACUGAUUUUGUGCUUCCAAUGCAAUAGAUUAUGCUCCCAUUUUUUAACACAGUGUAUCACCAUUGGUGAUCCUGGCGUGCCAGCUGUUUAUUAAAUGUCAUUGCUUAUACCAGACUGA